UAAAAUAUACUAUGACAGAAGCCAAUCCCUUGAGUUUAGCUAAUGAAGCCCAUUUAAACGAGAAGGUAGUUGCAGCUAAAUCCAUAGAAACGAAUCAUGCUAAUAAUUCUAAUCUGAAGACGGAAUUUGGACCCUUGAAUACCGAUUUUCAGGCAGAUUCUCAGAAGGAUUCUUCGAAGAAUCAUCAACUGUCAAAAGAUGAAAUGAUACAAGAAAUACUUCAACUCAAAGCGUCCAUAUCACAUCUAGUAGGUAAUGUGAGGGAUAUAAAGAUGCUUUGUGAAAAAUCUGAGAAUGAUAACCAAUAUUUACAAGAGUAUGUGGGAACUUUGAUGAAAACGAAUAAGUGAAUCCAUAGUAAGUUCACGAAUAGACGAUUAAUGACUACAGAUCAAUGAAGAUUACUAGUGCAAUUCAUUGAAUGCUUCUCAUAAU